GUGUCUUCCGGUAUCGAUCUGCCCGGUUUGAGGAGGAAGUAACAACAUUAGAUUCAUCUCUUUUUGCAGUCAAAAGCUUUCAAUCCGGGUAUUUUCUAGCUGCAUAUAUAAACUAGUAACUAAGAAGAAAAAGCCGGAAGUCAGAAAAGUGCAAGUCAUGUAUGACAACCAAAAGCUGCGAGCGUUGAUGGAGCAGCGACUUCAUUCUGUCGUGGAAGAAAUAUUUGGACUGUUUGAAAGAACCAUAGCACAGUACGAGGAGGAACUUUCUAGGACUAAAAUGGAGAAAGAUCGACAACAAGAAUUACUGGAUACUGUUCUCAAAUCCCAACUUUCGCGACAUCGAUCAGACUUCCAGCAGGUGCAAGAGGAGGAGGAGGAAAAAGAGAUUCCAUCAGAACAACAGGAGUGGAGCUCCUGUGUGGGGCAGGAAGAGUCAGAUGUUCUCCACAUUAAAGAAGAAGAGGAGAAACUGUGGGAGCCGCUUCGAGGGCUGAAGGAAGAUGGAGAUCACAAUCAAAGUGAGGAGGCAAGACAAGCGUGGCCCCUAACUCAACAAAUAACAGAAGCCGAUGAAGAUAUAAACUCAGAACCAGACAGCGUCUUUGCUCCACUGUCGGACAUGGACGACAUGAUGUCAGACUCUUCAGUGACCAAUCACAGCGAUGACACCAACAAACAUUUGGAGACUAAUCAGAACUCUAAAGGUGAUAUGAGUCAUCAAGGUGAGAAAAGAUUUGAACCAAAAAUAAGUGUGAAGCGCCACAUGGCCGGACACUUGGAAGAAGAGAAACAGUUUGUUUGCUCAGUUUGUCCUAAAACGUUUGCCUCCAACAAGUAUUUGAAAAGACACAUGAUGAUACAUACAAAGGAGAGAUACCCUUCCUGUUCAGUUUGUGGCAAAAGAUUCCGAGACACGUUUGAAAUAAAAGAGCACAUGAACAAACACACUGGUGAGAGACCUUUCACCUGCUCACUUUGCAAGAAAAGCUUCAGCCGUCGAGCAACACUCAGAUCACAUUUGAAAAAAUGCCAUGGAGGGAAGAAACAUUGGAUGUCCAGCGACCCACAGAUGACAGCAGAAAACGAUGGAAUGCACUGUGGAAGUUCAUAGACAGCAACUGUCAGGCAAGAGCGACAUGAUACCACGCUAUUCUGCCACCGAUCACGACGACGACAAAGAACCGUUGGAGUGUAAAAAAAGUACUCUAAAUGCGAUAUGAGUCAUCACAAUACUCUGACUGCCCUGAAAUCAGUUGAUUCAAAAGUAUUUUUGCAAAACCACAUGAGAAAACCCAGUGGGAAGAAAAGUUUUGCUUGCUUGGUUUGUGCCUGAGAAAUGUACAAGACGGUAUGUUAUGAUACUCGUACACUGGGGAGAAACUGUUCCCUUGCAAUGUGAGCCAUGUAAGAUCCACUUUUAAGGCUUUUGUUAAGCGAUACCUGUGUAUAGGUGACCAAAACCCCCCUGCGCUUAAAAAAAAAAAAGAAGUUUUAUUUACAUUAUACGUUGCAACUGUACAUGCUUUAAAUAAUCAAAUGGGUAUGCUUGUUCUUAUGCUUUCUGAGCUCACUAUGUUCACUGCUCGCUUUACAUAUCCUACCAAGUCAGACCGACACUGUUUCAAUGUCCAUUUCUCAGAUGAUAUAAUUGUUGAUGACUGAAGUGCUGAUAUCAACCAAACCUAAACCCCCCGCCCCAACCCCCUCCACAUCCCACCCCCCGGAUUGUAAAUGUUAAUAAUUCAAUGUAUAUACUCUGAUGAUUAACUUGUGUGAUGACUGUAUUAUGUGGAUAGUAUAUAUUUGUACCAUGAAUUGAUUAACGUGGACCCCGAUUAAACAAGUUGAGAAAC